GAAAAUGUGAGCGCAAGGAAUUCCCCACGCAGUGAAAACAGUGUAACCUUAUGUUAGGCAAGAGAAACUGACGAAGCUUACUUUGAGCUAGGAACAAUGAAUUUUCACAACAUUCCUUUCUUUCGCUUAAGAGAAUUAAGUCAUUUAAAUUUAAAGAAGAGCCCCUAAACUGAAGCGGACAGGAGGACUCGAAUGAUAACAGUUUGUUAAGGAAUUGUUUCAUCUGUAUCCAUCACUUAGCCCAUGUUAAACCUAAACUUUCUAUCUGUAAAGUAUGGCACAUUAGGAUAAAAAGAUUUAGAUGCCUCAGACGCAGCUGGAGCAGGACUGUGUCUCAGAGCGAGAAGAACCCUCCAUCACACAGUCUUCAUUGCUCUGAGCUCUCUACCACCCUGUCCAUCACUUCAGCUGGAAAAAAACAUCAGCGGUGUACAAGACCAAAAAGGGAACACUGUUUUUACCUAACAGUGCCUCUCGUUUUGUGAAAGCAGCAGAUUAUCUCAGCAGUGUUGCUGCCACAAAGUGCUUCCUGUGCCGAGGGGUGUGGUGCGGAGCUAAGCGGUCCGGGGAGUGUGCGGAGGGGUAGGAACCCUCUGCCCGUCAGCCAGUGUCCCACCCUCUCUUUCCCAACAACACCAUGACCACUGUGGUCCAGUCCAGCGAGCUCGUCUUUGAGUUCGCCAGCAAUGGGAUGGAUGAAAUCAAUCAGCUGGAUGACCCUUCAGUGUUUCCAGCGGUGAUCGUGGAGCAAGUGCCUGCCGCAGACCUCAUGCAGGUGUACUCUGGACUGGAGGCCGAUGAGGUGACUAAUGGCAUCAUGGUGGAUGGCAUGGAGGAUGUGGUGGAAGAGAACAUCAUGGGAGAUGUGGGCCUAUCUGUAGAGACUUCAGUCUCAGGUGGAGAGGACAAUAUGGAGACCAUUGAGGCAGCUGAAGCCCUGCUGAACAUGGAAUCUCCUAAUAACAUCCUGGAUGAGAAGCGCAUGAUUCACACAUAUGGGUCAAUGCUGGAAUCACCCCUGACCUACAUUUCCCUGCGUCCAGAGCAGCUCUCAAAUGGCUGCAUGGAUGUUAAUUUGGAUGAGGAUACGUCCUCCAUGGAUGAGACCCCUCAAAAGAACCUCUCCAAGCCUGCCAGGAAACCCAAAGUGCGUAAACCAAGACCGGUGCGGCCUUGCUCUCCCAUUACCAAUCCCGCUCUCCCACUGAAGAAAAAAAGCAAAGAGGGCAAAGGUAACACUAUCUACUUGUGGGAGUUCCUCCUGGCCUUGCUGCAGGACAAAAACACCUGUCCCAAAUACAUCAAGUGGACGCAGAGAGAGAAGGGCAUUUUUAAGCUGGUGGACUCCAAGGCUGUGUCUAAGCUGUGGGGGAAGCACAAAAACAAGCCUGAUAUGAACUACGAGACCAUGGGCAGAGCACUCAGAUACUAUUACCAGAGGGGUAUACUGGCCAAGGUUGAAGGACAGAGGCUUGUUUACCAGUUUAAGGAGAUGCCAACAGAUCUUGUCAUUAUUGAUGAGGAUGAUAGUCAAGGGGACGACCACAGCGCUGGGUACGGAGGGCACCGCUCGGCCCUUCACGGACGGAGCAUGGGGCGCAGUACAUCGCGCGCACAAGGAAGAAGCUCUGGAGGCACACAGGUGAGGUCAGUGAAGAGAGAGAUGAGCCCUGGGCUGACCAGUAAUGGAAAACAAGCAGAACAGCUGCUGCAGACUAUCCAUGUUCUGCAGCCAAACCAGGGAGCUGCUGUCCCAGUGCCUGCACACUCUGUAAGGACUAUUAAUAUGCCAGGCACUGUUCCAAUGGUCCUCACAUCUGGAGCACAAGGAGGAGGUCAGGUCACCCUGCAGACCCUGCCCCUGUCCUCUGUCCUGACCAAUGGUGAUUCCUCCACUCACCCCUCCCCGCCUCGGGUCAUUCUCCACACUGUGCCUUCCACCAGCCCUGGGGGUAAAGAUGUGCUCACCAUCCAGACUGCCUCUAUGACGACCGACAGCAUCCAGCACCAGCAGCUCCUCGUGUCUCUGGGCUCAUCCAGCGGAGGGGUCAUCAGCACCACCCCCCAGCAAGCCGGGUCUCUUAAUGGCAUCACCCGCAUGGUCACCCUCAACGCCAAUGGGCAACCCGUAGUGGCCCAGCAGCCCGGAACAGUCAUCGCCACUGUCCUGAAGCCCAGCGAGCUUCAAGGCCUGCAGGUAAAAGAGGAGAUGCUAGACCCCCAGUACCUUCAGUGUCUGGUCAAUAGCAACCCCACCGUGACCCCAUACUGCAAAGAGGAGAUGGAUGAGGGUGUGGCGGAGCUGAGCUACAGGACUGUGAUCAUCAACAAUGCAGGUCAGGAGCUGAACCAGACCAUCAACAGACACUCAGACAUGAGCUUCAAGCUGGCCAGCAGUCCCAGUGAGGGUCUCACCCCUGUGGAGGAGCUGGAGGUGAGGGGUGAAGUGGCUUUGCAUCCAGAUCAAGAGGCCAAAGAGCUGUUGGAGGCCUCUGAAGGUCUGCAAGAUCUGCCGGUCUCCAUACAGAUACCUGCGUCCCACUUCAUCCAGGUAAAAUCGGAACCUGUUGAGACCUAAACUAUCUGCAGAAGCAGAGGAAUGUGGACAUAAUCGACCAACACAUGAAAACAAAGACAUGGUCCGAUUGUUAGAAUGUGCUUUGACCUGUUGUUUACUCAAAGUUAUUGUGCCUAAAUCUGAACAUUUAAGGGAUAGCGACCACAAUGUCAUAAAAGCUCUUUUGGCUAGUUCUCUGACACCCCCUCCAAAUCCAACAGAAGAACAGCCAUUCUCAAACCAGGGAUAUUCCCACCAUAUGUGCCAGUUGAGAUGUUUCUGUCACUGCUAACUCAUCUCCACAGACGAAUCCAAAGACUUGAUCCAACAAAGGGACCAAAGGAGGAGUUGGUGGAUAGCCAAAAUGAAACCAACAACACACCAUUGACUCUUAAGAGAAAGACCAAAGUUGUUUGAGACUUGCGAGAUAAUUUUGUUUCUCUCUGAUGUAGCACCAUAUUCAUGGACUUCAAAACCCCCAAAAGUAUGCCUUUUGGAAUAAGACUGAGAGUGCCUCAUGAAAAGCCUGCAGGUGGUUAAUACUUUGUUUUGGAAUUUAUGUUUUGAAGGGGGAAAUUGUAUGAUUCACUCUCAUAAUAGUGCUGACCAGGUUAUUAGCUUUCCAUAACAUGCUAAUUUAAAGCACUGUGCUUUCAUGGAAAUGGGCAUUCCCUGUCCAAAGAGACAGUUUAACUCAACUUUGUUUGUACAUAUUAACCGAGUAGAGAGUAUAAUGACAAAUUCCCAAAUCAUCAGCUAAAGUAUUUCCCCAUUAUAAUCUUGUUCAUAUGAAAUGGAGCGCAGUAUAUGUAAAUGUAUAAUAUACAACUGAGAUUACAAUUUAUGGCCACAAAUUUAUUUAUUUUCUGAAUUUCUAAAUUCUGUAUAAAAAAGCCUUUUUUUUUUUUUUAAACAAAUGCAAAAAUGAGGGGAAAUAAAUAUAAAUAUGCAGAAUGUAGUGCUAAUUUUACCCAUAGCAAAAAACAAAACAACAAAAAAAAAAACAAUUCCAGUAUGUUUGUUUAUUGCAAGCUGUGUUUUUUCGAUUUAAAGCAUUCCAUGUAAUCUGCACACCUUUCAUAUUGUAUCUAUUUUUUCAUCAUAAGGGGAUACGAAAGUAGCUUUAUGAGAUUGAACUUUAUCAUGCUGUUCUUAUACACUGUUAUGUGUUUAAAGCCAUUUUUACAGAGCAUACUUGCUAUAAAUGCUGUGUCCUUUG